GAUUGGUCCGAUUUGAUUUGGUUCGAUUUGGUUGAUUCGGAAGCUGCUUUUGUGUUCUGGACUCAAGAGGACAGGUUAGAAGGACGUAGGACCCAAUAGGACGCUAGACUGCUCAGACCGGUUGAACGUCAUUGGCCUUGUCAUAGUGCGAAUAUUCGUAUAAGACGUAUUCUGAUUGGUGUAUAAGUCACGUGAUCGUAAGCCGGACAUCAAAUCAUAACAAAUUGGCGACGGGGAUUUUUGGCACGAAAAAAAUCAUAACAAAUUGGCGACGGGGAUUUUUGGCACGAAAAAAAUCAUAACAAAUUGGCGACUGGGAUUUUGGCACAAAAAAAAAUAAUACAACAAUUGGUGACUCAGAUCUUGAAAAGAAAUAAUCUGUAAUAAUUGCCGGUGAUAUUUUUUGGAAUUAUUAUUAUUAGCAGUAAAAAAAAAUAUGGCGAUUUCUUUUGAACAGUUGCAGUUAUUAUUACAGCAGCAGCAGCAACAAUUUCAGCAACAGCAGCAACAAUUUCAGCAGCAGAUGUUAGCCUUUCAACAGCAAAUAUUUGAAACAAUUAUUGGCAGACUUUUCACUCAACUAGAAAUUAUGGCCAGUUCAGAAGCAUGCAGCAUGGAGGGUUCAAAUCCCUUUAUACCUGAAGCAAAACGUAAUAUUGAUAAGUUGUCCGGUUCACAGCAAGACAAUAUCAUGCUAAAUGCACAUGAAAUUGUGACAAUACCAGAUGGUCAAGAAACAGAUCCCGUAGAUGAAGUCCAGAGUCCAGAAUUGAAUGAAGCACUACUGGCCCUGGCUAACUCUGAAAAUAAACUCCAGCUAGAACAAAAUUAUGGUUCAGGUGAUAUUAAUCGAGAAAGCUGUGUGGAAUCAUAUCCAGAAAAUAGUUGGAGCAAUACGAUGAACCCAGAUGUACCUAGUGAUACUCAAAAUCAUUGGGAGAUAGAAAUUUAUAUUGAACCAAGUUAUCCGAUUUCUCAUGAAAAUGUACCAGGUAUGAUUUCUCAUCAUAAUGCACAUAAUUUUGGUGAAAUUCCUUAUAACAGUGAGAAAGCUAUAUCGGCUGAACCAAAAUGUGAUCGAAAAUCCAAUCAAAUUGUUUUAGAUGUUGAUUUUCCUAGCAACCUGGUAUCCACUAAUGAGAUUCAAAAUGAAUUUGAAGAAAGUGUUGCAGAAGAACCAAAUCCUAAUUACUUUGAAUCAAAUAACCCUCUAAUCAUUUCUAGUGGAUUCUACAUUCAAUGCAAGAAACAUGGUUUAAAUAAAGUCAUAUUAAUUUUAAGUUGGAGAUAUGAGGAUCCGACAUUAUUUCGUGGAGGAGGAGAAUGUUGAGGAAUUUAAAGUUACACAUUUUUUUAAAAAAAAAUCAGAAUCCAAAUUCUGGAUCUUCAAAAACAAAAAGGGGGAGGUGUUAUAUCCGAGCAAAGAUUAAAUCACGAGUAAUUUCUGAGACAUUAAUUGACUAAUAUUAUCUAUAUAUUUUUACGGUAUAACUAUUCAUUAGUUAGGUUAUGUAUAUUUAUAUUCCCCUUAUCAUAAGCUUCACUUUGACCUAUAAUUUAUCAUUGUACGAUUUACUAUCCCUAAAUUAUGCUCAGUUUAUUAAUUACUGUCUCCCACAUUCACAGCCACUUUUUGGCCUAUUUGUGUACACAUGUUAUUUUCUAUUUUAUGGUACGUUGUGGUCUGCCUGAUUGAUAUAUAAACCGAGUAUGUCUGAAAUAAAUGAUUGGUCCGAUUUG